AUCCUCUUAUCGCCUUCAUUUCCACUGUUUUCGCUUUCGGGAGCGGGAGGCCAUUAACCAUGGCGCUGAGCUUCUGCUGCACCGCUUCGGUCCCUCCUCUCCAGCGAGUAAACUCGAAGCUCUCCGGGAAGAAAUGCCUUCAAGAAGUGAAGAGCUUGGUCAAGUCUCUCGGGAUUCAUUCCGUGACUUCUUCUCCGGUCGACUCCCUCAGGAGUGGCAACUGGGUCAAGCUCAUCUGUGGCGCAAGUUUUGAGGAUGUGGUUGAUAUCAGGAACCUCUCUCUGGUUUACACUCUUGCUGGAGUUGAUUGCAUUGACUGUGCUGCCGAUGAGUCGGUCGUGGGAGCAGUUCAUGAAGGGAUUGAGGUGGCCCGAGAGAUCCUGCCUGUUCGAAGGCCUUGGGUGAUGAUCAGUGUUAAUGAUGACGAGGACCUCCACUUCCGUAAAGCCGAGUUUGAUCCAGAGGAAUGCCCGACCGACUGUUUGAGGCCCUGUGAGAGCGUCUGUCCAGCUAGUGCAAUAUCAUGGCAUAGCGAAAAAUCAGCAGUGGAGCGCUCAAACAAUAAUGUCGGUGUAAUAACGGAGCGAUGCUAUGGCUGUGGGCGAUGCUUCCCGGUCUGCCCAUAUGAUAAAAUAAGGGUGGCCACCUACGUAAGAGAUGCUGCUGCUACUGCCGAAUUGAUUCACAAAAAUAAUGUUGAAGCUAUAGAGAUUCAUACAAGUGGGAGGAAUAUUUCCCAGUUUAAAUCGCUCUGGGAAGGGUUGGAAGACUCAGUUAGACACUUGAAACUGGUAGCGGUCAGCUUACCUGACCUGGGUGAUUCAACAUUGUCUUCUAUGGACGCAAUGUACUCCAUCAUGGAGCCUCGCCUUCAAUGCUUAAACUUAUGGCAGUUGGAUGGUAGACCGAUGAGUGGGGAUAUUGGACGUGGUGCCACACGAGAAUCAGUUGCAUUUGCUGUCCGUUUAGCUGCUAUAAGAGACAGGCCAAACGGAUUUCUUCAAUUGGCUGGUGGUACAAAUGCUCAUACAGUCAAUGGAUUGAAGAAACAUGGGUUGUUCCGAACAAGAUCUUUUGCUGAGAGCUCAAACAAUGAAGAGCCAAAAUAUAGCUUAUUGCAAGCAUUGAUUGGAGGCGUGGCUUAUGGAGGCUAUGCACGGAAGAUUGUUGGGAGGAUCCUAACUUCAGUGCAGUCGCAGCAUGGCCUAAGUCGUAUAGAGGAUUACCCUGAGCAUCUCUUGGAAGCAAUUGUACAGGCGAUCGGUUUAGUUGGAACUGUCAAAGGUUAUGACGUCAUUCUGGAUUGGAAGUGAACGAACCCAUCUCAUAGAAAGAACCUGCUCAUCGCAGGCUAUUUUGCCUGUUAUGAAUAAGCUCAGCUCGUCCCCAAAAUCCAGAAGCUAUCUUCGGCGGUCAUGUGUCUAGAUUCUCAUGUUUUCACUAGGCUACAUGAGGGGCUAUAUCUAGGUGGUACUGGUAGCUGCAGAUCUGAACAGGCCUUUGCCAUAGCUCGGAGCAAAACCUCCCAAGUGGCUAGACGUGACCAGCAAGAUUGUGCGUAAUCCAGCAUCCGGUCAAUGGAUGCCUAAGGAACUGAUGACAUGUGAGAUUCACCGAAUCCCUUGUCAUAACUUUCAUAGCCUUUGCCGCUAAAGCAGUAAAGACUUGUAUAUAACAUCAGAAGCCUCGUCCAGUUGUGCCACUCCAAAGCAGUAAGAUUGCUCUUUGUGGAGUCGACAAUGCUGGGAUUUCUUGCAAGACAGUUUAUCGCAACGGGAGGAAAUAAAAGCAUGUGCCAAAAUAGUGACGAUAGUCAUGACCCAUGACUGACCGAUUUCUCGGGACUUUGCUGCUGUAGUGUCGCAUAUCAGUGGCAGAUAACCGACGUUUCUUUCCAAUACCAAUGGUACAUGUCUUUGCAUUCGUUCGAAAGAUUGGUGCCUUGCGUAUACAAAAUUAUCAUUAGGAGAAGAUUAACUUGAAGCGGGCAGUGAAGAUCACAGGCGAGGCCGAGCCGUUGAGCAGGGGAGCCCGGGCUGCACGCGAGCACAGACGAUCCUAGCAGCCCAAAAAGGAGGGGAAAAAAGAAUAUUAAUGUUGUUUUUUUUUUUUUUUUCUGCCUUAACUCGAAAGGAAAGAUAUUCCCUGCCACGUCGUAAUUGACAAACUCAAAAGUACGUACGCGUACUCUCAGAAGCCGCGGCCUCAAUCUACGCCCCCGGCCCCCCCAUGA